AAGCAAGAAUUACAUUUACAUAGAUUUGGAUUAAAAUUGAUACGUCAGUUCUAGCAAUUAAAUAAAAUAAUUAAAUUAGAUGUGAUAUUCGCUUGUUCACAUUAGCAAAGUGCCGGAGAUGGGUACGUGCUGUGUGAGUCCAUGGAAUUUGAGGGUAUUUGUCUCAGAAGGAAGAGGAAUAAACAGAGGUUUCUCAGGCUUUUCUCCCCGCCUUAUUAGAAAGGCAUGCACCAUCUCCUCAAGGCCCGCUAAAUUGCGAGUAGUAAUACAUUGCGAGCAAUCUCCAACUAGAGCUACUGCUGGAAAUGCUGUUAGAGCAAGUGAUAGUGAGAGAAUCUUAGUAGAGGAAUGCCUCAACAAGGUAUCUUUUGCUACGGGAGUAUCCCGCUCCAAUGUAAAUCAGCAUUUUACUGUAUCUGGAAAACAGUACCUUUUUGGGAUGGAAGGAGAAUGGAGCCUGUCAUGGUGCACAGACGGGCGGUUUUAUGAGAAGUAUGGAGGACAAGAAAUCACGUAUGAAUGGGGUUUUGAUGGAGUACACAAUCCUUGGUUUGCAGAUUUCGCUGGUCGUGUAACUGCACUCGAGCUUGAUGAUUUAGAGAUUGCUCAAUUGGCUGUAUUUGUUCGAACAGGAUUCUGGCUUACAGAUAAUGCACAAAAUCGGUUGGAUAUUCAAAUUGAAGGAGAAGAUUCUUUUAAAGCAUUAAGACAACAGUUUGGAGAGCUUGUUUUGAGCGUCCAUUUAAGAGAUAGGAAGGUUGUGGCUCGUAUUACCAUUGAUGCAUGCAAUUGGCUACCCAUCUCAACAGAGUUCAAUGUUCUUGGGAAGAAUGAUAGAUGGGAAUACAAAGAUUGGAAUUCUGGUGCUCUUAGUUUCAGUCACAAAUUUCCACACUCAUGUGUACAUUACCCAGCUGAAGGUGGGAUAGAUUCUUAUACUGUAAAAUAUUCAACACUGAAUAGCGGGGGUGGUAACAGUGCAAAAGAUGAAGUGGAAACUGACUAUAUGUAUGCAUUUCCGAAGACGUCGAUAGUUCCACGUUCUAAUAAAUACUAUCCCCAGGCAUCUUUAGACAGCAACUGUGAUCCUGCUGUGAAGAUGGUUCGUGCGAGAAGUGGACACUUGCUUGUUCGACCAUUGAUUGAUGGUAAAGAUAUUGGGUACUUUCUCUUGGACACAGGUGCUAGUGGGUUGGGAAUUUGCCAAAAACAGGCCGAACAACUUUGCAUGGAGUCUUUUGGAGAAUUGUAUAUGACAAGCUUUGAUGGUCUGGUUAAAAGUCGAUUUUGCCGUGGGAAGAAUUUCCAGCUUGGUCCUUUGACAAUUAAAUCACCAUUUUUUCUGGAGGUUGACAUUCACAAUUUUAUAGUUGACGUCGAACCAAUUGUUGGAGUUUGUGGAUUUGAUGUUUUUUAUAAUUCUAUUGUAAAGAUAUCAUGCAAAGAAGACAAAUUUUUUUUGUUGGAUACUUCUCACUAUGAAGACAAAUGCCAGGAGCCUCUAAAAUGGGAGAGAAUCUUCUUCCUUAAGAAUGUACCAAAUAUAUCUGCUAAGAUCAACGGAAAACAGUUAAUAUUACUUCUUGAUACUGGAGGCAGUGGAGUUGAUGUCAUCUUUCAUUCAAAAGCAGAAAAGUAUGGAAAUUUGCAGACUGAUGGGCAAACAAACAUUAGAGGAAUAAGUUCAACAGGAGAAGCAAAUACGGUUCACAGAGCAGUAAUUGACAAACUUGAAAUUGCUGGUCACUGCUUCAAGCAGGUUAAUGCUGUUUAUGUAUCUGGUGGUUCAACUCAGUUGCAUCUUUCUGAGUACACAUCUGGUAUUCUUUGCAUGAAUUUGCUUACCAGGUUUACUAUUGUCUUUGACUACCGCAACAGUCGAGUGUCUUUGAUUGAUAUGAAAUUUGACUACUAUAAUAAUUGAUUUUUUCAUGUCUUAGAAUCACACAAAGACUGUCUAAAUCAAUGGGACGAAGACAAAUUAAAAAUGUUAUAAGGGCUCUGCAACCAGGCUGCUUUUUUUAAUUCUAAAUGCAAUAACAAAAAAAAAUUAAAAAUUAUUUUGGUCUUUCUGAAUUGGCUGACAUGGAUAUUCCCUCAAAGCACACAACUAAUUCAUUAGCCUAUCUCAUCAAUCAAGCCCAAGAAGUUAUACAAUAAAUCAUUCAAUUGAUCAAAACUCAAGUAGCCAUUGAGAUUAUUGUAUUUGAAAGUAUCCUUAAGUUCCUCAGAAUGGAUUUGGCCUGUCAAAAGGUUUCCUGGCUA